CGUCCACCACCACCACCAUAAUAUCGCCGCCAUCGACAACGCUGCGCACCACAUGGACUGUUCGACUCGGUGCUGAAAACGCGUCUACGGUGCCGGGAAUCGGUCUCUCCAGCUUGUCAUUUUAUCUCAUUCGUAUCGCAUCGCAUCACAGCACGUCAAUCGUCGUCGCGCAUGGUCUGCUAAGCGGUCCGCACGCCGCGUCGCGCCUGCCGUGUCCAAGAUUCCCCCUCUGUCGCUUCGAAUCUGCGACGGCUCAAUCCGACCAGACCCGGCGCAGCCUCUGCGCAAGGCAGUAAUAGCAUCAUCAUCAUCACCAUCAUGGCAUCUUCAGACGCCGACCGUUAUUUUGCCCACGAGGCGCGUCUCGCAUCUUUCCAAAAGACCACCAAGAAGCGCGGCUCAACAGCCGCUGGCCGCGGCAAGGCGCUCAACUGGCCGCACAAGCAAAUCUCCCACGAGCGACUUGCCAAGGCAGGCUUCUACUUCGACCCGAGCCCCGAAAGUACCGACAAUGUUGUCUGCUUCCUCUGUGACAAGGGCCUCGACGGCUGGGAGGCCGGCGACGACCCCAUCCUCGAGCAUCUUAACCACAUGCCCGGCUGCGGAUGGGCCAUCAUGGCCGCCAUCGAGGCCGAGGUCGGUGACUAUAGCAGGGAGGACCCGAACCAGGACUAUAUGCUCGACGCCCGAAAAGCCACAUUCGCUGGCCGGUGGCCGCACGAGGGAAAGAAGGGCUGGAAGUGCAAGACCAAGCAGCUUGCCGAGGCCGGAUGGAAGUACACUCCUUCCCUCGAGUACGACGACAUGACGACAUGCGCGUAUUGCGACCUGGCACUUGAUGGUUGGGAGCGAAAUGACAAGCCCUAUGACGAACACUACCGACGAGCCCCUGGCUGCGCCUUCUUCGCGUUGUCAGCCCAGUUUGGAGGCCCCAAGAAGAAGAGCAGCCGAAGCAAGGCCGCCCGAGGAUCCAAGGCAUCCCGCCUGUCGGGCCAGUCGGUUGCCACCGUAGCAUCCGAAGCCUGGUCUGCAGCAGACGCGACCGCAGAGGUCGAGGACAGCGUUCUCACCACAGCCUCGACCAUGACACAGGGUGGCCGAAAGACGAAGGCGCGUAAGGGCGCCGCCGCAAAGUCCAGUCGCAGCAAGCCCAAGAAGGCCGACCCUCCAGUUGUCGAAACUGUUCCAGACCCUGAGCCUGAGCCUGUGGUCUCUGCGCCUAAACCAUCUAAGGCGACGCGCGGAAAAAAGCGUACAAGCGACGCCAUGAACGAGUCCUCGGUGCUCUUCGUCUCUGAGGGUCCAGCACCCAAGAAGCGAGCGACGCGCACUCGAAGCAGCACCCUGACAGAUGCUUCUACCGUCAUUCCCGACGACAGCGAAAUGACUGACGGGCCCGGCCCUGUUUCAAAAGCCGGUGGCCGUAAGAAGUCUUCGAAUUCCCAGUCUAGGAUCAUCUCGACAGUCUCUACCGCCUCCAUGGCGUCGCUGAGGGGCCCGACCGAGGAGUUCCCCGAUGACGAAGAAAUCGAGCGUCAGCUUGAGGCUGACCUUGCCAGAGAAUGGAGCGACGACGAGCUGGCCCAUGACUCUGAGUCUGAGGCAAACCGAAGCCGGAUGAGUGCUGCCGCCAGGAAAUCGUCAAACUACGCCAUGUUUGAUCCUGCUGCGGCGGAGGCCGAUGAUGCCGCCGUGGACGAGGAGCUCCGGGCGCUUCAAAAGGAGAUGGCAGUCGAAGAGCCGGUACAUGAGCAGCAGCCCGAGCCCGAGCCCGAGCCCGAAGUUGAGCCAGAGCCAGAGCCAGAGCAGCUACAGGUGCCAAAGAAGGGUCGCAAGGCUGGAACCCGGAAGGCGUCAAAGCAAACCAAGUUGAAAAAGGCAAAGGCAGUGUCUCCUCCCCCGGAGGAGCCCGAGGUUCAACAGGAUGAUGUCGGGGAACCCCCUGAAAAUCCAGUGCAAGAGCCGCAAAACGUCAGCAUUGGAAGCACCGAUACCGUCGUUAAGAACCCGGAGCCGGAGCCCGAACAGGAGCCAGAAAAGGAAUCGAUUCCAGUGGCGGCUCCCAAGAGGGGCCGUGGGCGACCUCCUAAGCUCUCGCUUGCGUCUCAAGCAUCCCAGGAGUCAGUGGAUGUGUUGGCUGAGGCUUCAGCCAAGGCCCCCAUGAAGCGAGGGCGAGGCCGGCCCUCGAAAUUGUCGCUCGCUUCCCACGCGGAGCCUGAAGCCGAGGCGAAUGCGCCUCCUCUGGCUCCGGCGGCUCCCCAGAACCAGUCCGCCGAGCAACCGGUGAAGCGUGGCCGCGGCCGUCCCUCGAAGGCAUCUCUUGCCUCGCGAGCCUCCGACGUGGCGGACGAGACCAGGCCCGCUGAGGCCCCCGCUAAACGCGGUCGUGGUCGCCCGCCAAAGAAGCCAAGAGAGUCCGUCGAGGCUCCUAACCCGAUUCCAAAUAUUGAGGAGCCUGAAAACGAUGAAGUCGAUAUCGUCACUAUGGCUGAUGAACCGGAGAUGCCUGUCGACGACGAGCCUGAGAGCCUCCCCGUGGUGAGGGAGGACGAGCCAACACGGGCGCUGGCACAAAGCCUUGCACAGCCGCCGUCGACGCCAGCCAAGGUCAUCUCACCCGCACCUUCAGCGAAACAGCCCGCGCUCUCUCCGUCGCCCUCGCCUCAGUCAUCCGACGCCGAGAAUCAGCCCCCGUCAUCCAAGCCUGCGACAAGUGUGGCGGCCAAGAGGGUAGCCCUCGCGCCGAUAGCAGCUACCCCUCUGCAUGCUUCGCCGUCGAAGCGAAACGUGCUGGCCGGUCUCCAAAGCAGCACGCCGUGGACCGCUGUAGACCUGGAUGCUGUCUUGGGCACGCCGCGGGCUGGCGUGGACAAGGAGAACACCGUUGGUCGGCUGCUGAACAAGGGCAAGGAGCUCACAAGCCCGGAAAAGGGCAUGACGGUGGAGGAGUGGAUCUAUCACAAUGCGGGCGAGGCGGAGAAGAAGCUCAAGCAUGAGUGCGAGGCCAUCGUCAACGAGUUUGAGCGAGAGGGGACAAGAGCGAUGAAUGUGCUCGAGGGGCUUUCGGCUGACUGAAGAGUUGGGUUUCGAAGAUGGAUGGCUUGCGGAGCAUAGCAACGGGUGCGUGAUUUGGGAUUUGGCCUUGAUUAUCUGUCUGAUUGAAUUGGCGUCUCGCCAGCAUGACCUGGAAGCUUACUUGCUGGGUGGUUGCAUUGAUUGUUUCGUGGAACUUCAUUCGUAAGAGGAUGCCCUCGGCCACUCAUACUUGCCCAACGCGACUUGUACGGUUCUCAGGAUUACGUCAAGUUUUCGGGAGAGAGAUGGACGUACGUGCCUCGCGUUCUCUUGGCGAGGCAUUCGAGCUGUCUCUCCUCAGGACAUUCUGGGCCGCACCAGAUCACUCAUGCACUCUCAGCUGCCAGCUGCCAGC